AUGACCCAACACUUACCGAUCAAAGUGACAUCUUCAAACCGUGAAGUAUUCACCAUCAAGUAUGAAGUGGCACGCCUGUCCGGCCUCAUCACCACCGUUCUCCAGGAUUUGCAUUACGGCGAAGAGGAAUAUGACGGCCAACAACCCAUCCCGCUACCAACCAUCAACUCGGCGAUCCUCAUCAAGGUGAUCGCCUGGUGCGAAUACCACAAGAACGACAAUACUCAAGCGCACCGUCCUUCUCGGGAGCUCUCGGCUUGGGACGCCGAAUUCAUGGAGAUCGACCAUAAUACGUUGUUUGAGCUUUUUUCGGCGGCCUCCUACCUCGAAAUCAAGAACCUAGAAGAUUUGACAUGUCGCUCGAUCGGCAACAUGAUGCGCGGGAAAACCGCUGAUGAAAUCCUCGCCGGUUUAGGCGUUGGAGCAGAA